GUUUGCUCAAGGACUGGCAUCAUAAAUUCCCUCUCUAUAUAAGUUCUCUGAGAAGAUGAGCUUCCUACAGGCUGUCUCCUUACUGGAAGCCUCAUAAUUCUGCAAGAAUGAAGACCAUCUUGGCCUGCCUUCUUGUUCUUGCUGUUACCUUGCCACUGUCCAAUGCUUCCUGCUUCAUUGAGCUAUUGAACUCAGAGAAUUCAAACACUGAAGGCUGCUUUGACUCAAAAAAAGAGCUGCAUAAAUUUGGUUCUAAGUGGAGGACCGAAGACUGCCUUGACUGCCAUUGUUCCAAGGAUGGAAUUGACUGCUGCACCGCCUUUGCAAGACCAGUUGGCUAUGAUGAAGAGAAGUGUGUAAACAUUUUCAACAAGGAGACCUGCACUUAUAAAACAGUGGAGAAAGAUGAUCACUCAAAAGAAUGCCCAGUCCAUGAGUGGGUGGGCUAACAGAGAAAAAUUGUGGAUUUGGGGAAUAUUUUCUUUUUUGUUGUUUUAAGGGUUCUCUCACAAAUUAAAAGAAAAAUUCAACUGUUGAGUGAAAUCUACUCAUAAAACCUAACACAAUAAUAAAACCGAAUAUCUACUCACAAAAGACUCCCUUGGUUUCUCUGCCUUCUGCUUCCCCAUGAAGCAAGAACCAACUUGUUCCUUCCUUGAGAUAAGAAAUUAAGGCUGACAUUUUUAAGCAUCCUUGGUAGCUUAUAACUUUAAUUCUUCUCUAGUCACACUUCAGUGCCAGGGAGUAUAUUCUG